AUGAAGUAUUGCAUACUGGUGGCUGUCAGCUUGCUCAUUCUACAGUCAGCUUUUGCAAAACCUGAGCCAAUUUUUGGCCUUGGUCAUCAUGACAGUGGAGGCAGUCAACCAAAGAAGGAAGGAGCUAUAAAGCGAAUGUUGAAAGGUGCAGCUGCUGGUGCUGCGGCAAAUCUUAUCCUUGAUGGCAAAAGGAAGCGGUCUGUUGACGAAAAUCGAAAUGCAGCCAACAAUAACUUCUUUUUGUGGAAUGCUUAUGCAUAA